GUAUCGUUUAUCUCCAGAAUAUAAGUAUCCAGCCCAAACUCUGGACUGUCUCACUGCUACUGAACACUUCCUAAAGACGGCAGAAAACUACGGGGUGGAUCCUGACCGGAUUAUUCUAUGUGGAGAUAGUGCAGGGGGCACUUUUUCCACUAGCGUUUGCCAAGAACUGGCAAACAGAAGCGAUAUCCCAAAGAUACGAGCCCAGAUACUGAUCUAUCCAUUUCUCCAGGGACUGAACUUUAAUCUGCCAUCUCACCAGAAAAAUGCUUUUGCUGCCUUCUUAACCCGGGAACGUACAGCCUAUUUUAUUCUGAAGUACCUGAAGAAGGACUGCUCUAUGAAGGAAGCUAUUUUGGCAGGUUCUCAUGCUCCCGAGAGCAUCAAUUUGAAAUAUAGGAAAUGGAUUAGCCCAGAUCUUAUAUCAGAGAGAUUUAAACUGGGCUAUAAACCACCAUUACCCACUUCAUUUUUACCUCAAGUCUAUGAAGAAACAAAAUAAUUAUUUGGGACAAGACUUUCCCCACUGUUAGCAGAAGAUGCUGUUAUCUCUCGCCUACCUGAUACCUGUAUAAUUACCUGUGAGUAUGAUGUGCUCAGAGAUGAUGGAUUGUUGUACAAGAAACGGCUCGAGGACAACAAUGUCAACGUGACCUGGUUCCACAUGGAAAACAGCUUCCACUCUGCACUGGGAUUUUUUGAUUAUGGUAUUUUCUCUUUUCCGUCAUCAAGUAAAAUAGCGAACCACACUGUAAACUUUAUAAAAGGCUGCUAA